UACGUGUGUCAUGUGAAAUAUAUAUGUUUCGACAUUGUUUGCCGUUCUAACUGUUGAGGAAUUCAUCACAAGUUUGUGUUGAUGCUGUGCUGAUUAUGUGAAAUGGCGAAAAGCUAUGGAGAACUUGUCAAGGAGGCAAUUUUGCUCCUUGACAAGUUCACUGCAGGGAGAAUGAGUUUGGAUGACUUUAUGGAAGAGGCAGCUAAGGAUCUCCAGGACAUGGAACCUGAUUCUAUGAAAUACAUUCUUGAUCUCGUCUCCGGAUGCAUCGAGUACAAGAAGUUACUGGACAUAGUCAUCAAUCCUUUCUUUGGCCAGGGUGGCAAACUUAUAUCCAAACGUUAUCACAACCACUUUGUUGUCAUCUGUUAUCUCACCAUAUUCCACUUUGAUGACCUUGGACUUAAGGCUUUCAGCAACAUUGUCAGAUCUCUGGAUAUUAAAAGCAUGCACAACUUCCUGAGUUUCUUCUUUAUGAACCUCACCACUUGGAUACAAGAUGAGUGGAAUCGUGUCUAUGAUGUUGCUUAUGUGAAAGACCACUGGAUUGACCCUCUGCUCAGGAAGCGCUCUGAGAUUGAGUCACUCAUGGAGAAGCUUGCUGCCAAAGUGUCUGAAGGGAUGCGGUUACGGAAAGCUCCACCCAAAACUACGGACCUUAUGGAGUUCUCCUUUGUCAAACAAAAACCAUCAUCUUCACGUCAGCCUCAACUCAGCCCUCUGCCGGACAAACACAAACAAGUACCCAGCAGCACUUACAGGACUCCAAAAUUGAUCCAGAUCUUAGAAGAAAUAAAGCAAAGGAACCAUCAAAUGGCUGAGGAGCUGCUGCAUGAGGUUAAUACAAAACAGUUUGGAUUUGCAAGGCCGAGAAAAACUGAAUGCACACAGCGACUGAUGUACCAGUUAACAGAAGGUUUGGACUCAACACUGCGAUUCGACUCAUUUCAUACAAAGCCACCUCCCCCUCCCAUUACUCAGGACGCCCACCCUGUCAAACUCAAUACGGCAGCGAUGCUGAGGCGGCGAGUGCUACAUGACCGUCACGUGGAGGAUAAGCUGCAGAGAAUAGAGAAUCUGGUGGAAGGGGCAAAUGAGCCUUCAGUUUUUCUACAGAAGGAGAGGGAAAUGCGAGAGAAAGACCAUCAGGAGACAUUGGCAAAGAUUGAGCAGAAGCAUGCCAGUGUCAUUCUCAGCCAUUGGGAGGCCGUUUUGGCCCGCGCGCAAACAUUAGAACGUAACAAGAAGGCUGCCCGGGUCAAAAGAGAUGAGACAGUUAAGCGGACUCAGCAAAAUGCCCAGAAAAGGUUGGAAGAAGAAAAAGAAAAGAAAGACUUAGUGCAACAAGUGGCAGAGAGUCACAGCAACUCACAAAGAGCUACAGAGAGGGUGAAGAAAUUCAAGCAGAGUUCUGUCAAAGAUUUUGUCGCACACAAUCAAGAGAUUGUUCGCCAAGCACAAGAAGAAGCAAAGGUAGCGCUUACCAAGAAGUUGGAAAUCAUCAGUGAAAUCCACGCCAUGGAAUGCUUCCCUCACGUUCGUUGCAACAUGUUUGAUAACACAGAGAUUGCAGGUCAUGAGCUGCUGGUUGAGAUGUCUCACGCCGAGCUGAAGGAGCGUCUCUUCCUCAUGAAAGAAGCAGCGGUGAUUGAGCAGCAGAAGAAACGAGACUACAUCCAGAGGGAGAAGCAGAAGAAGAAGAAACUACUGUUGGAGGACAUGGAGAAUAUCAACCUCCACAGCAGAGCCAUGGCAAUGGCCACUUUGCUCAGGAAAGAAGAAGAAAAGAAAGCCGAGCUGCAAUUGCAGAAGACGGUAGUACAGAACAAAAAGGUUUUGGCUUUGCAAAAGAAGAUUGAAGAGGUGAAGAAGGACUAUCAAAAACUGAAGAGAAAUGACAGCAACAAGGCCAAACCAUCCAACCAGGCAGCAACACACCCCGAUGGAAUAAUAGAGACCCACAGCAAAGAUGGAUUGAAGAAAAUAAAUUGGGAGGACUUGGAGCAGUGCUUAGAGCAGUACAUCCAGAGGAAAGACCCUCAUGUUAAUUGUCAGAGAGGAGGUUACUCAAGAAAUGUAUUCAACUGAAUUUUAUAUGUAUAGAGCACAGGUGUCAAACUCAAGGCCCGGGGGCCAGAUGUGGCGCACCACAUCAUUUUGAGUGGCCCGCGAAA